UUUGGGAGGUGCCAUUUAUUGUAGGCGUUGCCUGUAGGUCUCCUUGAGGAAGCUAGAUCUGACAGCUCCGAUUUUUUUGUCGUUAAUUAACCAACAGCAACAGCGAACCAUGUACUGACCGACGUAUUCACACAUCUAUUUAUUUUAAAGGCUCGUUCCAACAGGCGCAAAGAUAGCCAACGCGGAAUGAUAAGACAUUUCUCCGAUGAUUAUAACGGGAAUGACACUGUGGAGCCACGAGUCGUCCAGAGGCUGCCGCUAUAAUGGAAACGGAAUUCAGAUCCAGUGAGCCCCGAUAACGGUUGAAACAGCCUAGGUCCCUCUGCGGAAAGACCUCACACACACACACACACACACACACACACACACACACACACACACACACACACACACACACACACCUCCACUGCCCCAUUUAACCCUGACACACACACACACACACUGAUCCUCCUCAUCUCCACCUCCUCCACUCCGACUGGUAGCCCGAUGUCCAGCCCCAGUAGCGGCAGUCCGGAGAGGGAGGGGGGCCCGAUGGCCGUGGGCCGACUGGAGAGCCUCUCGUCCCCCGCGGGGCUGGACGGCGACCCCCCCUCCAUGGGGAGCCCCGUGCUGAGCCCGGACUCGUCUUCCCACGAUGCCGCUCUGUCGGCACCGGCCGCAUCGCCGGCCGACUCGGAGAACCUCAGCCCGGACGAGCUGGAGCUGCUGGCCAAGCUGGAGGAGCAGAACAGGUUGCUGGAGGCAGACUCCAAGUCCAUGCGCUCCAUGAGCGGCUCUCGGCGGAACAGCGGCUCCUCGCUGGUGUCCAGCUCGUCGGCCUCGUCCAACCUGUCGCACCUGGAGGAGGACACCUGGAUCCUGUGGGGACGCAUCGUCAACGAGUGGGAGGAGUGGCGCCGUAAGAAGGACAAACUGCUCAAGGAGCUGAUCAGGAAGGGAAUCCCUCACCACUUCCGGGCCAUCGUGUGGCAGUUGCUGGGCAACGCCACCGACAUGCCGGUGAAGAACCAGUACUCAGAGCUGCUCAAGAUGUCGUCGCCAUGCGAGAAGCUGAUUCGUCGGGACAUCGCUCGCACCUACCCCGAGCACGAGUUCUUCAAGGGACAGGACAGCCUGGGCCAGGAGGUGCUCUUCAAUGUCAUGAAGGCAUAUUCUCUGGUUGACAGGGAAGUCGGAUACUGCCAGGGGAGUGCCUUUAUUGUGGGUCUGCUGCUUAUGCAGAUGCCAGAGGAGGAGGCAUUCUGUGUGUUUGUGCGUCUGAUGCAGGAGUAUCGACUGAGGGAGCUCUUUAAGCCCAGCAUGGCCGAACUGGGCCUCUGCAUCUACCAGUUUGAGUACCUGCUACAGGUAAAUAACAUUAAGUUGUAUCAGUUUGAGUACCUGCUACAGGGUCUGGAGAUCAUAUUCCGUGUUGGCAUGGCUAUCCUGCAGUACAACCAGACCGACCUCAUCCAGCUGGACAUGGAGGGAAUGUCACAGCACUUCCAAAAGGUCAUCCCUCAUCAGUUCGACAGCUGUCCAGACAAACUCAUCCUGAGAGCCUAUCAGAUCAAAUACAACCCCAAGAAGAUGAAGAAGCUGGAGAAAGAAUACACUACUAUCAAAAACAAGGAAAUGGAAGAGCAGAUUGAAAUUAAGAGGCUGCGCACAGAAAACAGGCUGCUGAAGCAGAGGAUAGAGACCCUGGAGAAGGAGAGUGCAGCUCUCGCUGAUAGGCUGAUUCAGGGUCAGGUGACACGGGCCCAGGAAGCGGAGGAGAACUAUGUGAUCAAGCGGGAGCUGGCGGUGGUGCGGCAGCAGUGCAACACGGCAAGCGAGAGCCUGGAGCGCGCCCAGGGCACCAUCAGGGAGCUCCAGCAGCAGAAGCACCACACGUCGUCGCGGGGAGGAGGCCACUGGAAGGAGUCGCCCAAGAAGAACGCCAUGAAUGAGAUGCAGGACAAGCUGAUGGGGGUCCGGCUGCGGGAGGCCCAGGCACAGGCCGAACUCAAGGAGGUCAAACUCAAAGCCCUGCAGCUGGAGAGCCAGAAUCAGAUCCACAGUAAGCUGCUGGCGAGACAUGAGCAGGAGAGUUCAGCCCUGCACGACCGCCUGCAACACCUCACCACCCACAACAAGAGCCUACAGAGCCAGCUCAAUGAGAUGAAGAGGAAGCAAUCAGAGUCUGACUGCAAGAGUAAAGAGGAGGUGAUGGCAGUCCGUUUGAGGGAGGCUGACAGUAUGGCUGCCAUGGCAGAACUCAGACAGAGAAUUGCAGAACUAGAAAUACAGAAGGAGGAGGGCCUGAUCCAGGGUCAGCUGAACCACUCUGACUCUCGACAGUACAUCAGUGAGCUCCGAGAACAGAUCGCCGAGCUCAAGAAUGAGAUCAGGCAGCUUCGCGGGCAGCCCUCGGGCUGUGGAGGCGGAGUGGGCGUGGUCGGAGGGGGAGGAGGCGGGGCCUUUCAGGACCUGUGCCUGGCCAGCCCGGUGUCGGCUGAGGGCGACUACCUGAGCUCGGACGAGGACCUGAUGCCCAGCCCGCUGACCCCGGCCAUGGCUGACACACUGUACCCCCAGCAGCGCCAACACCAGCGCCCCCCGCAGGACAGCGAGGGCAGCACAGACAGCGAGGGAGACGAGAGGAGGGGCGGCCGGCCAGACACGCUGGGGGAGUCCCCCACGCCACGCCACAUCUACUCCAGCAUAGUGUGUGAGAGGACGUUCCAGUGUAAGGUGUGCAGUAAGGUGUUCAAGCGCUCGUCCACCCUGUCCACCCACCUGCUCAUCCACUCGGACACGCGGCCCUACCCCUGCCAGUACUGUGGCAAGCGCUUCCACCAGAAGUCCGACAUGAAGAAGCACACCUUCAUACACACUGGAGAGAAGCCUCACGUGUGUGGCGUGUGUGGCCGGGCGUUCAGCCAGAGCUCCAACCUGAUCACACACAGCCGUAAGCACUGCGAGCAGAAGCCCUUCAACUGCCCACACUGCCUCUACAGCUGCCAGCGCAAGAUGGAGCUACGCAGGCACCAGGAGCUGCACUGCACACACACACUGCUCUAUCCUCAGAGCUGA